UUGUGCAUUUUCAAAUGAGCGUGCAGCGGUGAAGCUUUCUGAAACUUUCGAUAGUUGUCUUUGCAUUUGGCACGGGAUCUUUGACUUUGUUGUGUCAUGAUUUAGGUUUAUAUCGAGUGCUUUAGUGUGACUUUCGGUCUUAAACUGCGAAAUGGAUCCUUUAUUCAAUUCCACCGAUGUGCCAAAUUGGACCACCACCUCCAACGACACCAAUAACGGGACCAUAUACUGGAACCAGUUUGUCCAGCCAGUCUGGAGAAUCGUCCUCUGGGCCAUUGCGUACAGCUGUAUAGUUAUUGUGUCCGUGGUAGGUAAUGUUACAGUGAUCUGGAUUAUUAUGGCGCAUAAACGCAUGAGGACCGUCACCAACUACUUCCUGCUGAACCUGGCGUUCGCUGAAGCCUCCAUGUCCGCCUUCAACACGGUGAUCAACUUCACCUACGCCGUGCACAAUGAGUGGUACUUCGGACUGGUCUACUGCCGCUUCCACAACUUCUUUCCGAUCGCGGCUGUCUUUGCCAGCAUCUACUCAAUGACUGCCAUCGCUCUGGACAGGUACAUGGCCAUCAUCCACCCUCUGCAGCAGCGCAUGUCGUCCACCGAGACCAAAGUGGUGGUGGGUGUGAUCUGGGUGCUGGCUCUGCUCCUGGCCUUCCCCCAGUACUACUACUCCAACACGGACCAGCUCCCCGGCCGGGUGGUGUGUUACAUCGACUGGCCCGUAUACACCGUGUGCGACUUCAAAAAGAUGUACUAUGUGUGUGUGGCCAUCCUGAUCUACUUCCUUCCUCUGUUGGUGAUGGGUUGUGCUUAUCUGGUGGUGGGACUGACCCUCUGGGCCAGUGAGAUCCCCGGAGACUCUUCUGAUCGCUACAAGGAGCAGCUGACCGCCAAACGCAAGGUGGUGAAGAUGAUGAUCGUGGUGGUGUGUACGUUUGCCAUCUGCUGGCUGCCCUACCAUGUUUACUUCCUGCUGCACCAGUUCUUCCCUGAAAUGUUUGAGGAAAGGUUCAUCCAGCAGGUCUACCUGGCCAUCAUGUGGCUAGCCAUGAGCUCCACCAUGUACAACCCCAUCAUCUACUGCUGCCUCAACGACAGGUUUCGUGCUGGUUUUAAACAAGCCUUCCGCUGUUGCCCCUGCGUCCCUCAAGGCUCUUAUGAAGGCCUGGAACUCAAGUCUACACGCUACCUUCAGACCCAGACCAGCGUUUACAAGACCAGCCGGAUGGAGACCACUGUGUCGACUGUUCUCCAGGUUGGGGAUGACAUGGAGCAGCCCAAGGUCAAGGCAACAGCAGGUGCAGUGCCCAGUGGGGCUGCGGUCGCAGCCAGGCCACAUAGCUCCUCCCUGGACCUGACCUCGAAUGGGUCGUCAUCCUGGAGCGUCUCCAAAACGGUAUCAGAGACGUCUAGUUUCUACUCCAGUAACAACCUGCAGGAAUAGAUCUCGAACAGAGGCGGUGGUUUGCUGGACAGCAGGGAGAGAGUGUGAGUUGACUGUUCAGAUUGCUGCUUUUGCCUGCCUGUGUUCACACAAGUACAGUGUGAAAGUGUGAGUUUGUCUGCAAGUGACUGUGACUGAGUGUUUGAUGAAUACAUUUCCAGUGAGUUCACUAGAAAAAGUCACGUUAGAUCAUUUGCAUGUGAGACUAAAUCCCAGUUCACUGAGCACUGUCUUCACCCACGAUGCCCUCUGUAUAAAAUACUCAUGCUCCUCACGGUUAAUGAUCAUUAACUCAUUACAAAAGUUUGCUCUGUGCCAAAAAGUGACGGUGAACACUCCGACAGCAUGAGCACACUGAGGUUCAAAAGCUAGACUGAAGCAGACGCUAGCACCUCCAAGCUUCACAGCUUCUGCUUGUCACACCAGCCCUCUCUCAGCGCAGAGCGAAGGUUCACACAUCCUCAAUCGCACAAGCUGUGUGACUUCACACAAUCUAUU